CGCGUGGAGUGCUGCAGCUCUCCAACAGAACAGAACAGAACUGGACAAUUAAGCCCUAUUAUGUAUUUGAUAAUUAAGCCACUAAAAUGUAUGUGCAUAUAUAUUGCGUGCAUUGCUUUGAAAGAAAUAUCGGAGUUUAAAUGUUUAUCUAAAUGUAGAUGUUUUAAACACAUACAAAAACCAAGUUUUCUCCAUGGAAAUUAAUGUGCGCACCAAAGAUAACGCCUCACUAGUGCACUCAUUAAAACUGGAAUCGGAGAUGAAGGUGAUGUGUUGGCUCCUGACUUUGGAUUUAAGGCGAAGAUACAUCGAACGCAAUCUAUCUUGAUUUAGUGUCCAUCACUGAAACUGAGGAGAGUUUGAUCAGUGGACGCGCUCCUGGCUGCAUUUGAGCUCCUUGGUUACUCAUAGAUCAGAAGUUACAGCCAAAACAUCGAUGAUGGCAACCCAGGUGUCCACGUUGAACAUGUCAACCUCAGACUACUUCAACCAAUCCAACGAAACAACCAAUAUGUCGCUUAGCUUUAAAGAAAACUUGUCUGAUGGAGACAGCACAAAAGUUAUAGCUGUCAUAUACCUUGUCGUAUUUGUUCUCGGUUUGACGGGGAACUCUCUGGCCAUUUUUGUGGUUCUGCGCUGCACCAAAAUGAAGACCGUCACAAAUAUGUACAUCUUAAACUUGGCCAUAGCCGAUGAGUUGUACAUUCUGGGACUCCCAUUUCUCACCACCCACAAUGUGCUCUCCUACUGGCCUUUCGGCAACUUCCUGUGCCGUAUUCUGAUGUGGGCAGACUCCAUCAGUCAAUUUACCAGCACAUUCUGUCUGACAGUAAUGAGCAUUGAUCGCUACUUGGCUGUCGUGCAUCCUAUCCGCAGUGCAAGGUGGCGGCGACCCAGAGUUGCCACGGUAAUAAAUAGCAUGGAAUGGGCACUAUCCUUUGUGCUGACACUACCAGUCAUCAUUUACUCUGACGUUCAGCCUGAUCUGAACACCUGCAACAUGAGCUGGCCCGAGCCACGUGAUGUGUGGUCUACUGCCUUCAUCCUCUACACUGCUAUACUAGGGUUCUUCUGUCCCUUGCUGGUCAUCUGCAUUUGUUACCUGCUCAUUGUAAUCAAGGUGAAGUCUGCCGGUGCACGGGCUGGACUCACCAACCGGCGCAAGUCUGAGAAGAAGGUGACAAGAAUGGUGGUGAUUAUUGUAGUGGUGUUUGUCCUGUGCUGGAUGCCAUUCUUCAUCCUCAACAUCUUAAACCUAAUAGACACCCUCCCGGAGAACAGCAUAGUUACCGGUGUGUACUUUGUCGCUGUCAUCCUGACCUACGUCAACAGCUGCGCCAAUCCACUCCUCUAUGGAUUUCUGUCGGAUAACUUCAAGCAGAGCUUCCAGAAAGUGUUCUGCAUCCACAGGGUCAACGGGAUCAGCGACGGGCACCCUGUUCGUCCACACCUCUGCAGAACCCAACAGAAUGACCCCUUCUUAUCUCCAAGGAGCAUUGAUUUCAACGACCAUGUCCAGAGUUAUCAGUCCAUUGGUUUACAAGGGGGGCACUGUGCUAAAAUGGAAAUCCACCAACCUGGACCACAUGUGGGCAGCCAGUCCAUAUAAGAGCUGCCUCUAUCUACGGUACAAUCUGCAGCAUGGCAUUUGUGGGAUGUAUGUUUUUAUUGUUGUUGUUUUGUUUGAGCCUACAUCAUUGCUGAGGUAAGCUGUCCAGUUGAAGACAUUCCUACAUGCAAACAACACUGCAUACAGUAUAUGGCAUGUAACAAAUGUGUUGCUGCCUUUACCUAGAUCAAACACUCUCUGUACUCAAAGAUGGUGCAAAUAAAACUGUAUAUGCUGUAUGUAUUAGUAUGGCACACGGCCCAUCAUUUUCUUCGGCAGGACUGAAUGAAACCAGGAAACGUUGAAGUUCAUUCACAACUUUUGGACCCAUUGGGACUGUAAAGAGAGGAAGCACCUUUUGCUGUUACAUACUGUAAAACAUUUUUAUGGAUGAUUCACAAAAGGUGGUUUAAAAAAUAUUCAGACUCUCAAAAAACACUGUCGAGUAUCUUGAUGGAUUUCUGAAAACUUCUCACCAAAUCAGAGGGAUAUUCGUUGAGACAAUACUCAGACUUCCAAGUCAUAUUGGACAUAGGGUUGCCACCCUUCCCGUAAAAUAUGGGAUUGUCCCGCAUUUAAGCUGGUCAGAUGACGUCUCUGCGAAAUCGUUCAAGAGGGACCACCCCAGCAAGAACUCAUACACACCCAUUUCUCUUUGUCCUGAACUCACUGAUUCUUCUGCUCUCAAGGAAAUACAACAUCCAACCUCAACCCAUCUCACUGACCUCUCAUUCCUGAGGAACUAAGAAUAUGGAUAAAACCGACAAGCUGAAUUGGACGAUUUAGAAGAGGUGGUUUAUUUGGAAGAUAUGGAGGAUAUAGAAGCUGAGAAAGCUGUGGAAGGUUUGGAAGCUGCCCGCCCUACCCAGAUCAUCCAUUAGAUUAUGGAGGAACAGAAGUGACCCACCAGCCUGGUUACCACUCAUCUCCAAACCCCACCAUUAAUGUGGGAUACACAGCAUACCCAGAGCCAGGGCUGAAAGCAGGAGUUAACAAUCCAAACUUUCAAGCAGGCCCAAACCCAGGGAUGUACCCUCCAGGCCCAAACCCAGGGAUGUACCCUCCAGCCACCGGUCCAACCCCAGGGAUGUACCCUCAAUCCACCAUGAUGCUCCCGAGCCUGCGUGAUUUACCUGGCCAAACCUUGUGCCCGCACUGUAAGCACCAGGUGAUCACUAUCACAGAUUACUACAGUGGACUCAUGACCUGGAUGGCCUCGCGGAUGUCUCGCCCUCAUUGGGUGCGUGCCCUGUUGUAUAGCGCCAUUCUGGAUGGAUUCUUGUAAAGACGUGGAGCAUCGCUGCCCUAAUUGCAACAACAUCCUCUCAUUCUACAAACGCCUGUGAUGUGGAAAACACCUAUGCCAUUCAGAACAAAAUCUUUCUAGCUCUAGGUCUGAUUUGAAUGGGAUCUAAUAGGUAGAAGACAUAGGAAUGUGUUGGAAUUUAAUUUAAAAUAGCUUGUAAAGUACGAAAGAAAUCCUAACACCAGGCUUCAAAAAUGAGUGAUUAAUUGUACCGCUUAACUGAAUGCAACAAUUGUGACACAGGUAGUAUAACUCAUGAUAAGUGUUCACAUGGUAUGAAAUAUUUAUUGCAAUUAUGGCUGGGAUUCGUUGUGCUUGUAGUAAAAAUACAGUCCUUAAUUUUGCAUGUGAAUGAUGUAUAGCGAUAAAACUUUAAAUAGACGUACACUGUAUGCAACUUGUGAGCUUGAAAUACAUGAAAACUGCUUUGUAAGUAAAAAUCUUUACUCUGUAAGAAAACGGAAAAUAUGUAAAUAGCCAUUUAAAAGCUUAUAUUAAACUUCUGUCAAAUGUAGAUAUCGUAGUGUAAAUUUUGAGGACCACCAUUGUGUCCUUGAGUAAGGCACUUAACUCCAGGUUGCUCUGGGGGGAUUGUCCCUGUAAUAAGUGCACUGUAAGUCGCUUUGGAUAAAAGCAUCUGCCAAAUGCAUAAAUGUAAAUUUGAACAACAAAGCUUUAAAGUUCACAAGCACCUAACUUGGCUGGGCAAUCGGAUAAAAUUCAAUUUUAUUGCUAUUCCAGGCUAUUCUACAAUAAUUCUCAAUUCAUAACUCUAAAUGUCAAAUCUCAACCUUUCAUAAUUAGCCUCUCUUAAAUGAACGGUCUCAGGGUUAACUACUGUUAUUAUCAUUGAAAGGAAUCUCAUUAGAUUUAAAGACAUCAAGCUAAAUAUAGUGAAGCGAGUUAUUCCUAGAUUGAUUGCAUCUUGCUGAAGCCAACUGCGUUUCUCAACAGUACUUUUGUUAUUGCGGAGCUACAUUUAAUUAUUUGUAAUGUAGCGGACUCUACUUUAUUCCCCAAAGAGAUUUACAGGACACUGGUUGGUACUGGGGACAGUAUCUAUUAAAUAACCUUGGAUUAAAUUCUUUGCUCAUGGGCAAAAUAGUUGCUGAGAGAAUGGAGAUUAAUUCUCUUCCUAAAUGUGCACUUUGAAAGUAGCUUCUGCUCUGUAUGUAUAUGUAAAAUAGUUAUAUUAAAAGUAAAGUUGGAAA